AGGCCUACGCGUGGCCUCUGGCCCUGGAGGGCAAGGACGUGAUCGGCAUCGCGGCGACCGGCAGCGGAAAGACCCUCGCCUUCCUGCUGCCGGCCUUCUGCGACUUUGUCAACCGCGGCAUGGACCCGCUGCGCAACGGAGUCGGCCUGCUCGUCCUGUCGCCGACGCGGGAGCUGGCGCAGCAGAUCGAGGCGGAGGCCAAGCGCUUCGGCAGAUGUAUCAACAUGAACACCGUCGCCAUGUACGGCGGAAGCCCGAAGUACGAGCAGGUCAACCAGUACCGGCGCGGGGUCCACGCCAUCAUCGCCUGCCCUGGCCGCAUGAACGACUUCCUCGAGGGGGGGCAGGUCCGGCUGAACGGCUGCCACAAGCUGGUGCUGGACGAGGCAGAUCGGAUGCUCGACAUGGGUUUCGAGCCACAGAUCAGGAAAAUCUUGGCGCACGUGCCCAGGCAGCGGCACACGAUGUUCUUCACCGCUACCUGGCCCAAGGACGUCCGCAACCUCGCUGCCGAGAUCCUCUACCAGCCCUUCACGGUGAUGAUCGGCGACCGCGACGGGGAGCUGCAGGCCAAUCAGGA